AUGGGAUCCCCAUUGUUCAUCCCUGUAGUAUUCUUUCUUCUGCCUCUUGUCUCUAGUAUUUCCUACACUGAAUUUAUAUACCCAAAUUUUUUGGCUUCCAAUAUCAACUUUGCUGACAAUGGUGGUGCCUUCUUGUACUCGCUCAAUAAAACUUUCAAGGCCGCUAUUUUCAACCCUUUGGCUCAAGAAAGCAGCUUCUACUUUUGUGUUAUUCAUGUGGCUUCCAACACAAUCAUCUGGUCUGCUAACCGCAAUGAUCCCAUAUCAAGCACUGGUAAUGUUAAUCUUACCAUUAAGGGAAUUUCCAUAACAGAUGAGGAUGGUAAUCUCAGAUGGUCAACUCCACAAUUGCAGUCAGUGGUUUAUGCAUUGAGGCUAACUGAUAUAGGUAAUCUUGUCUUACUUGAUCGAUCAAAUGUCUCCCUUUGGGAGAGUUUCCGUUAUCCAACUGACACCAUUGUAGUUGGGCAAUCUUUGUCUGUUGGUACUGUGCUGCUUAGCUCUAUCUCAAGUUCAAACUUGUCAAGCAGUAAUUAUAGUUUUUCAGUUUCGUCAUCUGAUGCUCUGCUGCAAUGGUAUGGACAAAUCUAUUGGAGAUUGUCCAUGGAUCCAAAUGCUUUUAUAAACUCAAAUGCUGUAGUGGAGCAAAUGAUUAUAAAUUCAACUGGUCUCUACCUGUUGGCUCGCAAUAGUUCUGUUGUUGUAAUUCAAGUUAUCUUACCUCGUUCCAACUUUCGAAUUGCUAAAUUGGAGUCUACAGGCCAAUUUAUUGUCAAGAGCUUUUCUAGUGGCGGUUGGACACAAGAAUUCAUAGGGCCAGUUGACAGUUGUCGAAUUCCAUUCUUUUGUGGUCAAGUUGGUCUUUGCAAUGAGGACGGCGUAACCAACAGCCCUAGUUGUUCCUGCUCAUCAAGUUUUCACCCAGUUUCAUCAAGCUUGGGUAGCUGGGGCUGUAAACCAAUUGAUCAUUCCAUCGUUUUGGCUUCUCCUUGCAACUCCUCUAGCAGUGGAAACGAGAUGAAAACCCCAGUCUUUUCCUAUUUGGGUUUAGGAUAUGGUAUAGGAUAUUUUGCAAUUGAUUUCUCUGCUCCCGCUAGAUAUGGAGUGAAUAUCUCAUCCUGUCAAGCUCUCUGUUCAAGCAAAUGCUCGUGUUUGGGUAUAUUCUAUGGAAAUACAUCAGGUUCUUGCUACACGAUCGAAGACAGGUUAGGGUCAAUCAGACAGAGUAGUUCAUUUGUAAACGAUCUGCUGGGCUACAUUAAAGUUCAAGUUGGAUCUACUCCACCAAGCUUCAAUGCUGAAGAUAAACAGGACUUUCCAGUAGCCGCUCUUAUUCUCUUGCCAAUUUCCGGGUUUCUCCUAUUGUUAUUUUUCACUCUAUAUUUCCUUUGGUGGAGGAGACGGUUAAUUUCAAAAAGAAUACAGAAAAAACUAGGCAGUGUUAGCUCACGUGCUUCGGUUGAAUUGGAUGCCUUUUUUCUUCCAGGUUUGCCUAGAAGGUUUUCUUUGGAAGAGCUUGAGGUUGCAACGGACAAUUUUAAAGACCAGAUAGGUUCUGGGGGUUUUGGUUCGGUUUUCAAAGGUGUACUUCAUGACAAAUCUGUGGUGGCAGUGAAGAAAAUAACAAAUUUAGGCAUUGAAGGAAAAAAAGAAUUCUGCACUGAGAUUGCAGUUAUUGGGAACAUACACCAUACGAAUUUGGUCAAGUUGAAAGGAUUUUGUGCCCAAGGAAGAGAACGCCUUCUUGUAUACGAGUAUAUGAAUCGCGGUUCAUUAGACCGUACCCUUUUUGGCAGUGGACCAGUUCUGGAAUGGCAAGAGAGAUAUGAUAUAGCACUUGGGACUGCACGCGGGCUUUCAUACUUACAUAGAGGUUGUGAGCAUAAAAUCAUCCAUUGUGAUGUCAAACCAGAAAAUAUUUUAUUGCACGACUCCUUUCAGGCAAAAAUAUCUGAUUUUGGUCUUUCAAAACUUCUUGCGCCUGAACAGUCAGGUCUAUUUACAAUGAUGAGAGGCACUCGUGGUUAUCUUGCACCUGAAUGGCUCACUAAUUCAGCAAUUUCAGAAAAAACUGAUGUUUAUAGCUAUGGCAUGGUGCUAUUAGAAGUUGUAAGUGGGAGGAAAAAUUGCACAACAAGAUCCCAUGACCAUAGCUUGGAUGGCAGUGAUAGUUCAGGUUGCCAAUCAUCAUCUUCAGCAGGAUUAGGACUGGUUUAUUUUCCUUUAUUUGCAUUGGAGAUGCAUGAGCAAGGAAAGUACUUGGAGCUUGCCGAUCCACGGCUAGAGGGGCGAGUGACAUAUGAAGAAGUGAAGAAAUUAGUUUGCAUUGCUUUGUGUUGUGUUCAAGAGGAACCUGCAAUAAGGCCUAGUAUGGAUGCAGUAGUCAGCAUGUUGGAAGGUGGGAUUCCUCUAAGUCAGCCGAGAAAUGAGUCAUUGAAUUUCUUGCGCUUUUAUGGCCGUAGGUUCACUGAGGCUUCAACAAUAGAGGAGGAAGGGUACCAAAAUGGAUCAGUUAUAUAUUCACCAGCAAAUGCUCUCCCAAGUUGUAUGAGUGACUCAAACUACCUCUUUUCUUACAUGUCUUCGCAGCAGGUCUCAGGCCCAAGAUAGCUCGGCUCAUCAUGUUUAUUUGCACUUUCCAUAAACAACCAUUAGAGUUGUGUAAUGUGGACGACUACUUUCCAACUGAAGGAUGAUGGAAGCCGGUUUUCUUCAUUUCGUGAAGGCACCUUUUAGUUUUUUGAAUGAAUAGCUAGGAAUCAUAAUCUGCCAAGUGGCUCUCUGUAUAAUGGCAGGUGAAAUUUGUAAUCCUUCAAUGCGCUGUUUUCUUGAGUUUAAGUAACGGAGAAGGCGUACCAUCUUAAUUUCUCUCAGGAACUGUUAAUCCAAGCAAGUUGAGAAACUCUACUGCCUGUUCAAUCUUUAACUCCGGUAAAAUGAUUGAAUUUAGCACGGCAAUUGGAAUUGAAACACUCCAAAUCGUUGCUUUGAUGACGCUCUCCCAAGAGAACAUAGCCAUGUUCCUGAGUUACCUAUCAUUUGAUUACAGCACCCAGACGAGGAAAGCAUGCAGGGCUGCGAAGGAUUUGUCAGGUAUCUUCGAGAAUUUUAUUUAUGAACCAUAGAGAAAGUAAUAUGUUUGUCAGAACAGUAGGAUUUAAGCAUAAUGUGGAGUCUAUGAAAUAAGUUAAUAUGUCAUUUGAUGAUGGUCAAAAUAUAAAUAGGUGCACAUAUAUUAUGAUAGUAUUAGAAAUUUCUAUUUGACGUGGAUAAGAGAGAAUGGCAGCAUACGAGCUCUAGAUCUCUAGGCUCCAACCAAUAGUAGAGGAUUUUCUCUCCCAAAAUCUUUGCAUGAUUCCUAGUACAAAAGAUGCCUCUCCCUAGUAGUGUAAGUGGGUCGGGUCAGUUAGAUUUCCUUUAAAACCAACCCAACUUGACCCUGGUUAACUUUGUACGGAGAAAACCUGACCCAUUGUUCAUGUGGGUCAGGUUGGGUAAACUUUGAUUUUCUUCUCCAUCGAUUCUGAGAUUUGGGUAUGAUAAAUUAGCACAUCCCACCCUUAACUCAUUUUGGUGAUGUGAUUUGAUGAAUAACAAAAUAGAGAAGGAAGUUGGAUACUUGUUAGUCGUUA